AUGGAUUUUGAAGCAGCCUACAUCGUUGAUUCAGUGGGGGAAACGCCGACUACAUUCAAGUCGGCGAUGGAAUCAAGCGACUCCGGCAAGUGGAAAGAAGCGUGUGACUCGGAGUUCGAUUCGCUUCAGAGAAACGACACGUGGGAAAUCGUGCCUCUUCCGAAAGGUCGCAAGGCCAUCGGGUGCCGAUGGGUUUUUCGUGUAAAGGAGAAUCAAGAUGGCGAAGUUGAACGUUUCAAGGCAAGACUUGUGGCCAAAGGAUUCUCACAGAAAUUCGGAGUUGACUAUGAAGAAACUUUCGCACCGGUGGCCAAGUUCACAUCGAUUCGUGUGGUGCUCAGUAUGGCGGCUAAGUACGGCCUAAUGCUACAUCAGAUGGACGUCAAGACAGCGUUUCUUAACGGCUCCCUCAACGAAGACAUCUACAUGGACCAGCCGGACGGAUACCUGGAUGCAACACAGCCGGACUAUGUGUGCAAGCUAAAGAGAUCACUCUACGGCUUGAAGCAAUCGCCUCGCAUGUGGAACCAAACAAUCGAUGGGUUCAUGAUCAAGAUGGGAUUCAAGAAGUGCGAAUCGGACCACUGCAUCUACAUCAAGCGAGACGACCAAGACAUGAUUCUCGUGGUGCUCUACGUCGAUGAUCUCAUCCUGGCCAGCAGCAACAACGAACUCCUCAAGUCAACCAAGAUGGCGCUGAGCAAACGCUUCGAAAUGACGGAUCUCGGUGAGCUCGAUUACUUUCUCGGCAUGGAGAUCAAGAACGACCGUAAGACGGGAAUGGUGACUGUACAACAAACCAAGUUUCUCAAGUCCGUGUUAACCAAGUUCGGAAUGGAUAACAGCAAGCCAGUGAAGACGCCUCAAGAUCCCGGCCUGAAGCUAACCAAGAACAUGUGUGAACAAGAAUGCAAGCACGAAGACACCAUGUGCAACGUGCCAUAUCGAAGUGCUGUCGGAGGCAUCAUGUAUCUCAUGGUCGCCACACGUCCGGAUCUAGCUGCUGCAGUGGGGAUCAUUAUCCCAGUUCUCGUCCGACCCAUGCCCGACUCACUGGCAAGCUUUGAAGCGUGUGCUGAGAUACCUGCAAGCAACGCCCAAUCAUGGUCUUGA